CCGGCCGGAUGCAGAAGACGGACUGAUGUACCGCUCCGGCUGCGGGAGGCUGGAGGUGCCGGCGGUGCCCCGGCGGCGUAUCGGGCACCUCUGUGGAAAACGCAGGCGGAGAGCUCGGCCCGGCCGCCGGGGAUGGUGAGGAGAUUGUAGAAUGGAACGUCUGGAUAAAACAAUCAAUAGCUACCUGGAUGUUUGGCUUGGACCCAGAGAUCCCAGAGUAAAAGGAUGGCUUCUUCUGGAAAAUUAUACACCUACCUUUAUCUUCUCAGUCUUGUACUUACUAAUCGUAUGGCUAGGACCAAAGUACAUGCGGAACAAACAACCGUUCUCAUGCAGGGGGAUUCUAGUGGUCUACAACCUUGGACUCACACUGCUUUCUCUGUAUAUGUUUUAUGAGUUGGUGACAGGAGUAUGGGAGGGAGGAUACAAUUUCUACUGUCAGGACACACGCAGUGGAGGUGAAGCUGAUAUGAAGAUCAUACGUGUCCUCUGGUGGUAUUAUUUCUCCAAACUCAUUGAGUUCAUGGAUACCUUCUUUUUCAUUCUGCGGAAAAAUAAUCACCAGAUCACUGUCCUGCAUGUCUAUCACCAUGCAACGAUGCUGAAUAUUUGGUGGUUUGUUAUGAACUGGGUGCCUUGUGGUCACUCUUAUUUCGGUGCCACACUGAACAGCUUUAUCCAUGUCCUCAUGUACUCCUACUACGGAUUGUCGGCUGUUCCAGCGAUGCGUCCUUAUCUGUGGUGGAAGAAGUACAUCACUCAGGGGCAGCUGAUUCAGUUUGUCCUGACAAUCUUCCAGACCAGCUGUGGUGUUGUUUGGCCAUGUGCAUUUCCUCAGGGGUGGCUGUAUUUCCAGAUUUUUUACAUGAUUUCUUUGAUUAUCCUCUUCACAAAUUUCUACAUUCAGACUUACAACAAGAAGGCAUCCUCGAGGAGGAAAGAGUAUCAGAAUGGCUCUACAGCCACUGUGAACGGGUACACAAACAGCUUUUCUUCCCUUGAGAACAAUGUGAAACAAAGAAAACAAAGGAAGGAUUGAAGACCAAACUGAAAAACCAUUUUGAUAACCCCAACAACAAAAUCAUCUGAUUGUAAAAGCACAAUAAGAGUUGUGCACUAAUACUCUAAUGGCUACUGUAACUAUUCCUGCCUAGAAUAGUGUGACUUAUGUAGGACUUAACCAGUGCAAACACCCUAGAAACUGUAUACAGAACAUAAGAGUAGGUUGAAGUUUAAAAAUAAUUCUGGGCUGUCACUGACCCCGCUAUAGACUGUGGAAGGGAGUGUUAUUGUAGUAUAUGACACUGCUGUUGCCUUACUAGUCAAUACGAUAGGUGCUGAAUUAUGAUUCACAAUUUGAAAACACUGUAAUCUAAACUCCAUUUUUUUUACUGUAGAUCAUGCAUGUGAUUGUAGAGGUAAUUUGUAUGAUGCUGGUUUCAGUAGUUAAACACACAUGCCUUAAAUUAAAAAGCAGGGCCCAAAGCUUACGACUGGUUUAAAAAUUAGGGUAUGUUUCAACUUUUCAGUUGACUGACUUUUUAUUAAAAAGUCGUGUAGAAGAAUCCAUGAUCAUUUUACUGGUCUGUAUGUGAUACACAGUGUUAGGUAUCUCUUACGUGAUACAGUGAAAUUAGAAAUGGUGCAUUUAGUUUUGUAUAUUUGGCUUUAACUGACUAAGCAGUCACAAACCAGAUGGAAAAGUUAUUUUACCUUUUUAAUAGAUCUUAUUUUUUUAUUUGAAGUAUGUCACUACUGUAAAAUUAAUUGGCGCUUACUCAGUCCGGUAAGACUUACAUAUUUGUCUCUGAGGUUUAGGGUAUAUACAGGGUGGACCCAUCUUUUAUUUUCUCUUUCUUAUUUCUGGGAAUUCUUCAAUGCUAAAUGAAGAGUGGUUUUUAAUAUGGAAACUGGCAGAAUUUCAAGUGUUGUUACCAUAGCCAUAUCCACACUUUAAGAGCUACUGUUUAAAUCUGUAACGUAUCCAGAGGUGUAUUUAAAAGCGAAGACGGAAGGAUGCUUUUCUGAUGGAACCCUCUGUGUUUAAGUUGGUAACUGUGUUGGUCUUCAUGUAGCAUAUGUUCAUUUUUAAAAUGUGCCUAACAAACAUCUUUUCCCACACAAGCAAAAUUCAGUGGUCUAAGUCAAACGUAAUGUUUUUUAAGUGUUACUGAAAUGUGCUGGAGGUGUCUGUUCCUGUAGUGUGAGUUGUGUUUGUCACCAGUAAUGUCUUGGCUUGUUAUCUGAGGAUUUGUUUAGAGAGCUUCUAAGGUUGCUCCUGUAAAAUGUUGCCUUGCACAUAUGAGGAGCCAGCUGCAAAGCUGAGGUCUGUUGCUGGGAUGUUACUCUGGUAUCUGCCAUGGUGGAGCCUGGCUUAUGAAUAUCUCAUUCAUUAAGCUCUGAGAAAUGGAAUUGUGCAAGAUGUUCAGUUGGUUAUUGCUCAAGUUUAGCUAUUUUUGAUAUUUAUAUAAAUGCCAGUUUUAACUUGUUUAAUUUUUCUUUUUUUAAAUUAAACCUUUUUAAAAUUUUUUGCACAUCUCUUAGGGAAUUAAUAAGUUUUCCUGCUACCCUUGUGGGUUUUCAUUCCUUGUUUUGAAGGAGACAGUGUCUGUCAUGUUUACAUUAUCGAAGCUCGUGUGUGUGUCUUCAUUUCUAGGUACUGGUUUGCAGAGUCUUUACAUAGCUCAGUACAGCAGCUAUACUGUUCAAAAUAGGCUGUCUAAACGUGCUAGAAAUAAACUCUUGGCUCAUCUGAGUAUACCUACGUUGUUAAUGUUUGACAUGGUUUAAUCAUUAAAACACUUUUGAUGA